GUCCAGACACCAUGCCCCAGGGCUCCAGGCCUGCCACUGGCAGGAAGUAAAAGGCUUCCCUGUCUUUUGUGUUCCCAUCCUCACCAUGUCUUCGAAUCAGGGCAAUGGGGAACACUGGGAGUCCCUGGAGUCGGUGGGCAUCAGCCGCAAAGAGCUGGCCAUGGCCGAAGCCCUCCAAAUGGAGUAUGAUGCCCUGUCCCGGCUCCGGCAUGACAAGGAAGAGAGCCGGGCCAAGCAGAACACAGAGCCGUCCCUCAUCAGCUGGGAUGAGCCUGCCUUGGACUUCUACAGCAAGCCAUCAGGAAGGCGGAAGGACCUCAAGCUCUUGCGCGGUCUCUCUGGCUCGGAUCCUACCCUCAAUUACAACUCCAUCUCCCCACAGGAAGAGCCACCCAACCAUUCUACCUCCCAGGGCUCCCAGCCUGGCCCAGGGCCCUGGCCCAAAGGUUCCCUGUCUGGAGAUUAUCUCUACAUUUUUGAUGGUUCAGAUGAGGGACUUUCUUUGUCCCCCGGACCAGGGGACAAAGAUGGCUCUUGUAAGAAACUAUCCCCGCCUCCUUUGCCUCCGCGAGUCUCUAUCUGGGAUACCCCUCCCCUUCCUCCCAGAAAAGGCUCCCCCUCGUCAUCCUCUAAAAGCUCUCAGCCCAAUGACAUCAACACUUUUUCUCUAGUCGAACCACUUCCGGGCAAAAUUUUGGAGCAGCAGAUCCUAGAAGAGGGAGAGCUGCAGGGGGAUGGGGGUCAGGGGCACCUGCUAGGGUCUAGGGACUAUGAUGGCAUCAGUGAUGCAAUUACAAGGCUCAACCUGAAGUCCACCUACGAUGCGGAGAUGAUGUGGGAUGCCACCCGGGGCUGGAAGGAAGGCCGGGGACCGCUGGAUUUCAGCAAAGACACCCCUGGGAAACCUGUGGCUCGGAGCAAGACCAUGCCCCCUCAGGUGCCCCCACGAACCUAUACCUCCCGCUAUGCCAACAGAAAGAAUACGACUCCUGGCAAGAACCGCCGGAUUUCAGCUGCUCCAGUGGGUUCCCGGCCUCACACUGUCAUCCAUGGCCACGAGUUGUUUGAGGUCUCAGAAGAGCGAGAUGAAGAAGUUGCUGCAUUUUGCCACAUGCUGGAUAUCCUUCGACUGGGCUGUGACAUCCAAGACUACUCCCUCACCGGCUAUGUCUGGAGUGCUGUCACCCCGAGCCCAGAGCACCUUGGCGAUGAGGUCAACCUGAAGGUCACUGUGCUGUGUGAUAGCAUUCGGGAGCCUCUCACUUUUACCUGCAAUUGUUCCUCCACCGUCGACCUGCUCAUCUACCAGACCCUGUGCUACACCCAUGAUGAACUGAGGGGAGUGGACGUGGGGGACUUUGUGCUCAAGCCCUGUGGGCUGGAGGAGUUUCUGCAGAACAAGCAUGCCUUGGGCAGCCAUGAGUAUAUCCAAUAUUGCCGCAAGUUUGACGUUGACAUCCGACUACAGCUGAUGGAGCAGAAGGCUGUGCGCAGUGACCUAGCCAGGACGGUGAAUGAUGAUCAGAGCCCCUCCACCUUGAACUACCUCAUCCAUCUGCAAGAGAGGCCAGUCAAGCAGACCAUCAGCAGGCAGGCCCUGAGUCUUCUGUUCGACACUUACCACAAUGAGGUGGAUGCCUUUCUUCUGGCUGAUGAGGACUUCCCACUGAAGGCGGACAGGGUGGUCCAGUCUGUGAAGGCCAUCUGCAAUGCCCUUGCUGCAGUGGAAACCCCAGAGAUCACCAGCGCUCUCAACCAGCUGCCCCCCUGCCCCUCGCGCAUGCAGCCUAAAAUCCAGAAGGAUCCCAGCGUCUUGGCUGUGAGGAAAAACCGAGAGAAGGUUGUGGAAGCCCUGACGGCAGCCAUCUUGGACCUGGUGGAGCUGUACUGCAACACGUUCAAUGCAGACUUCCAGACGGCAGUGCCCGGAAGCCGCAAGCAUGAUCUGGUCCAGGAGGCCUGCCAUUUCUCAGGGGCCCUGUCCUUCACCAUCUACGCCACCCACCGCAUUCCCAUCAUUUGGGCUACUAGCUAUGAAGAAUUCUACCUCUCCUGCUCUCUUAGCCAUGGUGGCAAGGAGCUGUGCAGCCCCCUGCAGACCCGAAGGGCUCAUUUCUCCAAGUACCUGUUCCACCUCAUCAUCUGGGAUCAGCAGAUCUGCUUCCCCGUGCAGGUGAACCGGCUGCCCCGGGAGACGCUGCUGUGUGCCACUCUCUACGCUCUGCCCAUCCCUCCCCCCGGGAGCUCCUCCGAGGCCAACAAGCAGCGGAGGGUGCCCGAAGCCCUGGGCUGGGUCACGACGCCACUCUUCAACUUCAGGCAAGUCCUGACCUGUGGCCGGAAGCUCCUAGGCUUAUGGCCAGCCACACAAGAAAACCCCAGGGCCCGAUGGAGUGCUCCUAAUUUCCACCAGCCAGACAGUGUCAUCCUGCAGAUUGACUUCCCCACCUCAGCCUUUGACAUCAAAUUCACCAGCCCUUCUGGAGAUAAGUUCAGCCCCCGCUAUGAGUUUGGCAGCCUCCAGGAAGAAGACCAGCGCAAGCUUAAAGACAUCAUGCAGAAGGAGUCCCUGUACUGGCUCACUGAUGCUGACAAGAAGCGCCUGUGGGAGAAGCGAUAUUACUGCCAUUCGGAGGUGAGCUCGCUCCCUCUGGUGCUCGCCAGUGCCCCCAGCUGGGAGUGGGCUUGCCUGCCCGACAUCUAUGCCCUCCUGAAGCAGUGGUCACACAUGAACCACCAGGAUGCCCUUGGACUCCUGCAUGCCACCUUCCCAGACCAGGAGGUGCGGCGGAUGGCUGUGCAGUGGAUUGGCUCACUCUCGGAUGCCGAGCUGCUUGACUACUUGCCCCAGCUGGUGCAGGCACUUAAGUAUGAGUGCUACCUGGACAGCCCCCUGGUACGCUUCCUCCUGAAGCGAGCCGUCUCCGACCUGAGAGUGACCCACUACUUCUUCUGGUUGCUGAAGGAUGGCCUGAAGGACUCUCAGUUCAGCAUCCGCUACCAGUACCUGCUGGCAGCCCUGCUGUGUUGCUGUGGCAAAGGGCUGAGGGAGGAGUUUAAUCGCCAGUGCUGGCUUGUCAACUCUCUGGCUAAACUGGCCCAGCAGGUCCGGGAGGCCACCCCUUCUGCACGUCAGGGCAUCCUCCGCACGGGCCUGGAGGAGGUGAAGCAGUUUUUUGUCCUCAAUGGCUCCUGUCGCCUGCCGCUCAGCCCCAGUCUGCUGGUGAAGGGCAUCGUGCCCAGGGACUGUUCCUACUUCAACUCCAACGCAGUCCCCCUCAAGCUCGCCUUCCAGAACGUGGAUCCGCUGGGCGAGCACAUCCGGGUCAUCUUCAAGUGCGGGGACGACCUUCGCCAGGACAUGCUCACUCUGCAAAUGAUUCGAAUCAUGAACAAGAUCUGGGUCCAGGAGGGGCUGGAUAUGCGCAUGGUCAUCUUCCGUUGCUUCUCCACUGGCCGGGGGAGAGGGAUGGUAGAGAUGAUCCCCAACGCUGAGACCCUGCGCAAGAUCCAGGUGGAGCAUGGAGUGACAGGCUCCUUCAAGGACCGGCCCCUGGCAGACUGGCUGCAGAAGCACAACCCCGGGGAGGACGAGUAUGAGAAGGCUGUAGAGAACUUCAUCUACUCCUGUGCCGGCUGUUGUGUGGCCACAUAUGUCUUGGGCAUCUGUGACCGACAUAAUGACAACAUUAUGCUGAAGACCACUGGCCACAUGUUCCACAUAGAUUUUGGCCGUUUCCUGGGUCAUGCCCAGAUGUUUGGCAACAUCAAGAGGGACCGUGCUCCGUUUGUCUUCACCUCGGACAUGGCAUAUGUCAUCAACGGGGGUGACAAGCCUUCCAGCCGCUUCCAUGAUUUCGUUGACCUUUGCUGCCAAGCUUACAACCUCAUUCGCAAGCACACCCACCUGUUCCUCAACCUUCUGGGCCUGAUGUUGUCCUGUGGAAUCCCUGAGCUCUCGGACCUGGAGGACCUCAAGUAUGUGUAUGAUGCCCUGAGACCCCAGGACACAGAGGCCAAUGCCACCACCUAUUUCACUAGGUUGAUUGAAUCCAGCCUGGGCAGCGUAGCCACCAAGCUCAACUUUUUCAUCCAUAACCUGGCUCAGAUGAAGUUCACAGGCUCCGAUGACAGGCUGACCCUUUCCUUUGCCCCCCGAACGCACACUCUCAAGAGCUCAGGGCAAAUCAGUGAUGUGUUCCUCUGCCGUCACGAGAAGAUCUUUCACCCUAACAAGGGCUACAUAUACAUAGUUAAGGUGAUGCGAGAGAACUCUCACGAAGCUACUUACAUCCAGCGGACGUUUGAGGAGUUCCAGGAAUUGCACAAUAAACUGCGGCUGCUCUUCCCUUCUUCCCUCUUGCCCAGCUUCCCUAGUCGCUUUGUGAUUGGCCGCUCUCGGGGAGAGGCUGUGGCGGAGCGUCGGAGGGAGGAACUGAACGGCUACAUCUGGCAUCUGAUCCACGCAGCCCCUGAGGUGGCCCAGGCAGGUCUCGCUCCUCUUUCCCAAGAAACACUUCCUACGUGCCAGUCAGGGCAUGGUUGGUCUGUUGACCUUUCUCCAUUUCUUUUGUCCCUAACAGAUGGCACAUGGGCCCGGCCUGUGGGGAAGGUGGGAGGGGAGGUGAAGCUGUCCAUCUCCUACAAAAAUAAUAAACUCUUCAUCAUGGUGAUGCACAUUCGGGGCUUGCAACUGCUCCAGGACGGAAAUGACCCUGACCCCUAUGUGAAAAUUUAUCUCCUUCCUGACCCUCAGAAAACCACGAAGAGGAAAACCAAAGUGGCCCGGAAGACCUGCAACCCCACCUACAAUGAGAUGUUGGUGUACGAUGGCAUCCCCAAGGGUGACCUGCAGCAGCGCCAGCUCCAGCUGAGCGUGCUGAGCGAGCAAGGAUUCUGGGAAAAUGUGCUUCUGGGAGAGGUGCAUAUUCGCCUGCGCGAGCUGGACCUGACCCAGGAGAAGACCAGCUGGUUUGCCUUGGGGUCUCGAAGUCAUGGGACCUUGUGAGCCCAACAGAGCUACAGCCCAGAACCUCAAGAGCUAGGGGAGAAGACUUCCCUGCU